CUGUGUAGCUUUGAAGUCUUAAACCCUCGCCUUUCAUUGUCUUUGUCAACUUAGAAAAGAAAUAAGGAAAAAUGGCUUCUUCAAUGACCCUGAGAAAUGCUAUCGCCGCUUCCAGCAUCUUCACCAAAUUCCUCAGCGAGAAGUUCCCUUCCACCGCCGCCACCCCUAUAAUCAGUCGCCUCUUUUCUUCCUCAACCACCGGUUCCGGUUCCUCCACCGUCGACCCCGAUGACCCACCAUUUGUUUUGCAGGGUGCUCCGCAGAAAUUCAAGAUGGAAAACCCGUUCCAAACGGACGGGCCUGGAAACGUGAUUCUAGCGGACACCGUGAAGGAAGGAACGCUGGUCCGAGUGACCAUGCCGGGUGUGGGUCCGGACGGUUUCAAGGUCUGGACGGAGAAGAACAGCGUGUACUUCGCCGGAAAAGGGGAAAUCGAGAUGGAAGGAGAAGAAUCCGGGAGAAAUUACGGCGGCAGCCUUAAAUUUAAACCAGAAAUUAAUAGAGUUCAUGCUGUUAAGGCGGAGAUGAAGAAUGGAGUCCUCAAAUUAUUUGUUCCCAGGGUAGGGAGUGCUCAGGACGAAGAAAGAUAGUUAGGUUUCGACGGGCUAUGGUUUCCAUUUUCCGGAGAUUGCUGUCUUGCACUGCCCAGGUUGACGUGGUUGGUUGAAUAUUAAUUAAUUAAUAUAAUUAUUGUAAUAAAAAUAUUAAGA